AUGGUGCAAGACUGGGUGCUGGGGACGCAGCGGCUCGUGUGGUUCGUCACUGAUCCUGGUUUCAAGCACGAGCGCGUCAUCGUGUGGCCGUGUCACGAGGCGUCUUGGAUCGAGUACACGGGCAGCGGCGACCUGUAUGGGGAGGAGGAGAAGGAUCUGGACAAGGUGUACCUCAUGACGGCGGGCCAGCCGCCGAGGUCUCUGCCGGACUACGGGGCGAAGGUCGUGCCGUUCGCGAAGCUCCCGACGGACGACGAGCUACGCGGGCUGAUCGCGGAGGCCCACGCCGAGGUGAGGCGCGUUGGCAAGGAAGGCAACCCACCCGUCGCCGAUGCGGGCGCUGGAGCCGCCGAGUCUGGCGGCGUCGGGGAUGCGGGCGACGGCGUGCUGGCCGCCGACGGCGAGCGUCACCGCUGGCUGGUCACCGAGCCUGGUCUGAUCUGGGAGUUGGGCGCCCUCGUGCCGCACGCAUGCGCCACGACCAGGCUGGGUGACCGCGGCGUCGCCGACAUCGACGGCGAGACGGAGCCAGUGCAGAGCGUUCCCGAGGCCGACGUGGGCGACUACGCGUCCAUGAAGACCUCGGCCUACGAGGUAGCGGUCCGCGACUUCGACGGCACGCCCACUGACUUCGGGCGGUGUGCCGGGAUCGCGCCGAGCCACGCGCCUCCUCGCGGCGGGGGGGCCGAGCCGACCGCCCCUGCAGAUGCCACCGAGCCGAGCGAUGUUCGCACGUUGUGGGUGGACACGGACGCCAUGAGCGUCCGGUUCAUGUCUUGGCGCAAUGUGGUCACGGAGAGCUACCCCACGGUAUGGACCGACAGGCCUGGGGAGGGGCCGUCUAGCCUAAUGUAUAUCCUCAGGCAUUCUGAUCGGCGCAGCCGCAACAUCAGGAUGUGGCUCGACCUUGGGUCCCGCUCGAACAACCUCGGGCCGGGCAAUUGGGUCAUGCACGAGCUCUCCGUCCUCUGCGAGGUCUUCUACGUGGGGCGCCCCUACGACCAGCUCAACAUGCCGUCGCUGGUGAGCUUCAAGAAUAUAGGGCGCCGCAUCCAGAGUAUCGCGGACGCGUACUCGGGUGACCCCUUUCGGCCGCAGUGGGCUAACGCGAGGCUCUACUCCGGCGUGGGCUCUGCGGUGGACAUGGUCGCGCCCGAGCUGAAGCACUACGUGGCCAAGAGGGCCAAGGACGAGAUCGAGGUCGAGUCCAAGCGGGUGCAAGCCCGCAGCCUUCCGAUCGCUGCCGACGCUGUCGCUGCUGGCAGUCUUCCUGCCGCUGGACGCGGUCCACCUGUCGCCGCCGCGGCGGGCCAGCCCUCCGAAGGGCUUGCACGCGGAUCCGCGGAGAUCUUCCCGCUGCCCGACGACUCCAGCCUCGUCGCGGAAUUCUGGAUCCACCUUCAGGGGCGUGCCCAGCGCCGGUUCGUGAGGGACUGGCGGCAGUGUGUGCGUUCACUAAAUUGGUUGUGGGGCGCUGGACAUCGUGAGGCCGCUCGACGUGCUCAAGGCGACGUCCAUCCAUACCGUUUUCGACUUCAACGGGAGGUGCUGGUGCGAAUCGCCCAGGGGGUCCAGAUCUACCUGGACCCACCCUCCGACCUCUCUCCGAAGGAGGCCUUCCAGGGGCUACUUCGAGGCCGCGGGGUCUACGACACCGAGACGGCCUACACUACCCUGGCACCCUGCCAACGGGGCGCGGUUUCUCUUCCCUGUGACGUCUCGACGGCCCCGGCUGUGGGAACCUUGGUCACGGGGCGCGCCCUCGAGUAUCUGGUAGAGGCAGAGGAGCAGAUGAUCAGGACUGGUGCUGAGGUCCAGCUUGACCGUGAGACGAAUGGUGAAAUCAAGAUCUACACCGACCCCCUGCUCGCCAAUAGCCGCCGCCGGUACUCCACUUUCGUGAAGGACCUGAAGCGGAAAGGCUUGGUGGGCUUCACCCGCGAUCCCAAGGAGUUCGUCGGUGUUUUCUUCGUCUGGAAGAAGGAGCGCGCCUCCAUGAGGAUGGUGCUCGACUGUCGCCGCUCCAAUCAACGUUUCGUGACCCCUCCUGGAGUCGAGCUGCUGUCGACAGAGGGGCUUGGUCGGAUCGAGUGCGACACGGAACAGACCGGCACGUUGCCCAUCUUCUUGGGUAAAGCUGACGUGAAGGAUUGCUUCCACCGCAUGAUGUUCGGCAACCACCUCUCCAAGUACUUCUGCUACCCGGGCGGCCUGGCCAAGGAGUUUGGCAUCGUCGGGCAGCUGGUGGAAGGGGUGCCCGCUCGCGCGGACGACUACCUCUGGCCGUGCGCCCUCGCGCUGCCCAUGGGCUGGACGUGGUCGCUCUACUUCGCUCAGGUGGCCAACCUCGGCCUGGUGGAACGGGUCCCCGCGGUCGCGUCGAGUUGCGCGGCUACCGAUCGGGGGCCUCCUAUCGUGCUGUCCCCGACGUCCUCCUGGCACUACGUAUACGUCGACAAUGUGGGGCUCUUGUCGUUCGACGCCUCCUACGUCAAGGGGGCUCUGGCGGACACCAUCGCGGCCUUCGACGCCGCGGGCCUCAUCAUGCAUGACAUCUCGGUGGACUCCGACGCGGCCGAGGCGCUGGGAGUGACGCUCGAUUGCCAGAAGCACCAGACCCUCGUCAACCAUCGGCGCUACUGGAAGGUCAGACUGGGCCUCCGGUGGGCCCUCUCCCUGCGGCGCCUGGCGGGGCGAGAGCUCGAAGUAUUGCUUGGCCACUGUACAUUCGUUGGCUUGAUGUGCCGGGAGACCCUGUCCGUGUGGCACACCGUCUACACUUUCAUCCGCGAGCGGUACUGGGCCAAGAGCGACGUGUGGGAGUCCGCGCGUCAGGAGCUCGAGUGCUUUCUCGGGCUGAUGCCGCUCCUUCGGUCCGAGUGGGAUCGGCCGUGGCUCACGCAGGUACUGUCCGUGGACGCCAGCCCGUACGGCUGGGGGAUUGCCAGCUCCGAGUUCGGAGUGUUGACGGUGAAAAAGCAGGGCAGGAUCUCACUCGCCUGGUGGCUGACGGACACGGACCCGGAGACGUCCUGCCUCAGCCUGCGGAUCUACCUCGAUCCGACGGCGUGCCGGCUCAAGUUCCCGAAUCGCCCGAGACCCCUGAUUCUCUCGCCUGCACCGUAUUCCACGAUUGCCAUGAAGCGGACUCGCACCCUGGAGGCGCCGAGCCACACCAUCGCUGGCCAGGAGAGCCGGACGCGAACCCUGCCGCGACCGGAGAUGCGCUCGAAGCUGGAUACUGGGAAGGUGCCCAUGGCCAGAGGGUCUCUGGUGACUCUGGCGGCCAAGGGGCCCGCGUGGGCUACAGCAGCAGUCGCGGCCGCUGCCACCGGCGCGGCCGCCGACGUGGACAGCGAUGGCACUACUACGGCCGGCGAGAUGGAGAAGGGUCUCGACGGCAGGUCGCCCGCUCCCCUGCCGGUCUGGCAUGCCAUCGCGGUGGGGUUUGCGAGGCGGGGCAUGCUUGCCAUGGGUCUCGCCGUGAUGAACGGAGUCAGCUGCUACCUCAGGCCCUCAGAGCUCCUCAACCUUACCUCGGACAACCUGGUGGCCCCGACGUCGCCGGUGUCGCGGUACUGGAGCCUCCUUUUGCAUCCUUCGGAGGAGGAAAAGAGGAGCAAGACUGGGGGUGCGGACGACUCGCCGAUCAUCGACUCGGCCUACAUGCUGUCGUGGGUGCACGACCUCCUCCAGGUCUUGAAGGAGAAGGGCGGCCGGCUGUGGUCCUUCGAUUAUUUUACUUUCUUGGCGGAAUUCAAGACUGUCGCCAAGACGCUGACCAUGCCGCACCUUGUACCGUACCGGAUGAGACACUCAUGGCCGUCGAUGGAUCGCCUCAAGCCAGAUCGCAGCCAAAAGGAGUGUCAGAAGCGCGGAAGGGGGAAGAGCUGGAAGAGCCUCGUGCGCUACGAGAAGAGCGCCCGUCUCGGAAGCUUCUGGAACGAGCUCCCUGCCGAGAUACAAGCCACCGCCCGUCCGCGGCUAGCCAAGGACGGCACCUACAUGGCCGACCUGUUCUCUGGCUCAGGCAAGGUGGCUCGGGCAGUCACGCGGCUGGGGUUCUCAGCUAAGGCCUGGGACAUCAUCCACGGGCCCAACCAUGACAUCACGGACCCGGCUGUGCUUCGCCUAUUGCUCUCGGACAUCCGUGACGGCAAGAUUUUCGCCGCCAUGAUCGCCCUCCCUUGCACCUCGCUGACUAUCGCUCGAGAUAGGACUUUUCAGAUACGCUCACGCACUCAGCCAUGGGGGACUGACCUGACCGAUGCUACCGAUCGGGACCGAGCCUCACUCGAGACUGGUAACAAGAUAAUUCGGGCC